UGCAGCCUGGUGGCGGAAGAAUCUUUGUGCGUGAUAAAAGAAGAGAAACGCAUGAUUGCGAGUUGAUUGCACGCAGAGAGUUGAACACCUCUUUCGGGAACGCAACCCUAGGUCGCUGAAUUCGUUUCUAUGGCAUGCGAGUCCAACCAAGUUUCUGCCACCAACACGCUCCAAUCCAUUUGCUACAACCGCGGUUCCCUUCAGCUUCUCGAUCAGAGAAAGCUCCCUUUAGAAACACUUUACUUGGACAUUCGGGAUUCCACUGAUGGCUGGAAUACCAUUCGGGAUAUGGUGGUCCGCGGAGCACCUGCUAUUGCGAUUGCAGCAGCGCUCUCUUUGGCUGUGGAGGUGUUCAAUUUAGAUGAUUUUAAUGGGUCAGCUGGUGAUGCUGUUUCCUUCCUGCAGAAGAAAUUAGAGUAUCUUGUCUCAAGUCGGCCAACAGCAGUGAACCUAUCAGAUGCUGUGACAAAACUCAAAGAAGUCAUAUCAAAUGCAGCUGCUACCACUUCAGAAGGCAAGAGUGUUUUCCAGGCAUAUGUAGAUGCUGCUGAAGUUAUGCUUGAGGAUGAUGUUGCCUCAAAUAAAGCUAUUGGUUCUUAUGGAGCUAGUUUUAUUCAACAAUUAACAAAGAAACAAAAGCUUUCUGUUUUGACUCAUUGCAAUACUGGAAGUUUAGCCACAGCAGGAUAUGGUACUGCUCUGGGUGUGAUCCGUGCGCUUCACAGUGGAGGAGUUCUAGAAAGGGCUUUUUGCACAGAAACACGCCCAUUCAAUCAAGGAUCUAGACUUACUGCCUUUGAGUUGGUGCAUGAAAAAAUACCAGCAACUCUUAUUGCAGAUUCUGCUGCAGCUGCAUUGAUGAAAGCAGGACGCGUGGAUGCUGUUGUUGUUGGGGCAGAUCGUGUUGCAUCAAACGGUGAUACAGCCAACAAAAUUGGAACAUACAGCGUUGCCUUGUGCGCUAAGUUUCAUAAUGUACCUUUUUAUGUGGCUGCACCCCUGACUUCCAUUGAUCUAUCACUUUCUUCUGGACAAGAAAUUGUCAUUGAGGAGAGGUCCCCCAAGGAAUUGUUGAACACACAUGGAGGACUUGGAGAGCAGAUUGCUGCCUCUGGAAUUUCUGUGUGGAACCCAGCUUUUGAUGUUACUCCUGCUAAUCUAAUAUCUGGGAUCAUAACUGAGAAGGGUGUUAUUACGAAGACAUCUGCUGGUGAUGCUUUUGACAUAAAAGCUUUCGUACAGAAAACAGGUUAAGGUGGAGUGAGAUUUUUCUUACGUUACAACAUUGUAGAUUUGAAAAGUAUGUGUUAGAGGAGAAUAGUGAUGUGACUGCAGGAUCAGCUCGUUCAAUGGUAUGCGCUCUUUAAGAGCAUCUUUCGUACACAAGUUGGAUAAGACUUAACUAGACCUAAUUUUAUGACAUGAUACAUUUUAAUGUUAUGCAAUGUUUGCUAUGACAUGGAAUAAAAUAUUACACUACAUGAGAUAGUGUUGUAAUA